AUGACAACCACUCAUCCCGAAGAAGUUUUUGAGUAUAACUGCUCGAUAGGCUUUGGAAGCGACGAAGAGUCUGCAAAUAUUGUGUACCAGACAAUUAUUGUGGAUCAUGAAUUAUCAACAAAAGUCAAACGAAAUAUAAAUUUACAUUCAUCAUCGGAAGACGGAAGCCAUCAUUUAAUCAUUAAUUUCACUUCAUCAGACGCCAGACAAUUAAGAUCCUCCGUGAAGGGAACAUUAGAUACCAUUCAUCUAUCCAUUGAAACUCUUACUAAAUUUGUUGAACAGUAA